CAUUCGUCAAUUAUUAUUCAACAAGUAAAUUUAACAAUAUUCAAUUCAAAUCGCGCUCGCGCCAGUUCUACCAUUCGGAUUCACGCACUAUUGACCGAAACGCCCUCUACAUAUGAAAAAUUUCAUUUCACAAAUCUAGUGAUUUUCCAGUUUUCCAUCUCGUUCUUGCUCCUGGUCUGGGUCUAAACCUCCAGUCUUCUUGGAUGCAGAUGCAUAAGCGCAGGGCGCGUGCACGGGCGCAAAAUGGCCGCCCGCUCGGGAGCCUGAGUGUACACUGUCGCGAACGUAUACACACACAGUCGGCCGUCCUGCAGUGAAAAGUCGCGAAUUACACCGUCGAUUCAUCGCGCCUAAGCAGUAGUCGGUGCGGCUGUGCGAGAGAGCCUCGACUGGGCCUAGAAGCUGGAGAGAGACUGGACCGUGUGCGCAGCAGCAGUAUACUACGCGCCGGCGGUUCUCGCGUGUGUCAGUGUGUGGGAAGUCUGCAGCUGUAGCAGCAAGGACGACGACGGCCGCACCUGAGCCAAGGUUGAGUCGUCCUACUGUGCUCGAGCACUUCCUUCCGUGCACCUGUCCAGAAGAUAUUGGGAGAGAGUGAGGCGGUGCAGUGCUGGAAUCCGCUGGAUCUAUACCUACAUGAACCUAUCCACAAGUCAUUGUGAAAUGGAGCUGGACUCAUCGUGAAACAAGAGCAGGCGCCGUCCGAAGCUGGCCUGCGCAGUAAUGCCCACGUACCACAAUGCGGGUUGCGGCUACCCAAACGUAUCAGCAGCGGCUGCCCGUCACCACCAGAGCAAACUCGACGGCAACCAGAAUCAUCAUCACCACACGACUAUCCCGUCGCACAUAGCCGCUGCCUCGCACAUCGUCUGCUCCUUCGAGCAGCAUCACUCGAGGCAACCUAGUGGCGGCGGAACUGGAGCCACGAGCGCUGUCAUAUUUCCUUCCUCGACGACGACGCCGUUGCUCGCGACAACGGCCUCAGCCAGUGCAGCUGCCGCUGCUACUGUUCCCGCUGCUUCCGCUCUCACGACGACGAGCUGCAACAACGUCACGACGAGCAACAUGACCAGCCUCGCGGGCGCACCGCCGCCCGCCAACUCCGGCGCCAAUUCGAAUUCGAAUUCGAAUUCGAAUUUCAAUUCCAAUGUUAAUAGCAACCUCGUGCUCGGCAACAAUACCAGACACGAGGUCAAGCUCAACGCUAUGCCGUGGUUCCACGGCAAGAUAUCCCGCGAAACAGCCGAGCGUCUCCUUCGACCCCGUGAAGACGGCCUGUUCCUGGUGCGCGAGUCCACCAAUUUCCCGGGUGACUACACGCUGUGCGUCUGCUACCAGGGCAAAGUCCAGCACUACCGGGUCAAGUACAAGAACAACCAAUUGACCAUUGACGACGAGGAGUUCUUCGAGAACCUGGCCCUCCUGGUCGAGCACUACGAGCAAGACGCCGACGGUCUCUGCACCCAGCUGACGAAAUCCCUGCCCAAGCAAGGCAAGCAAGACUUCUGCGUCGACCCCAAGGCCUUCGUCGAGGCCGGUUGGGUCAUCCAGCCCCACGAGCUCGAGCUUCGCGAGUGCAUAGGCAAGGGUGAGUUCGGCGAUGUACUCCUCGGAGUCUACAGAGGCGAGAGAGUCGCUGUCAAGAUGUUGAAGGACAACAGCGAAGCGGCGCAGAGAUUCCUGGCGGAGGCUAGUCUCAUGACGUCCCUCAUCCACGACAACCUGGUCAAGCUGCUCGGUUUAGUGUUCAGCAAUCCCCACAUGUACCUCGUCACGGAGUACAUGAGUAAAGGCUCGCUCGUCGACUAUCUCAGGUCGAGAGGCAGAUUGCACGUGUCCAAGAAGGACCAGAUCAAUUUCGCCUACGACACCUGUGCGGGCAUGGCUUAUCUCGAGUCGAGACACGUGGUGCAUCGAGAUCUCGCCGCGAGGAACGUACUCGUCGCAGAGGACAACUCGGCCAAGGUCUCGGACUUUGGACUUGCUCGAGAUGAAAACUUCUCGCUCGACGGGGGAAAGCUGCCGAUCAAAUGGACCGCACCCGAGGCUCUGAAGCAGAAUAAAUUCUCAAAUAAAUCCGAUAUGUGGAGCUUCGGCAUACUCCUGUGGGAGAUUUACUCGUUCGGCCGUGUACCCUACCCACGAAUACCAUUGGUUGACGUGGUGAAAUGUGUGGAAAAGGGUUAUAAAAUGGAACCACCCGAUGGGUGUCCUGCAGAGGUCUACGAUAUCAUGCGGAAGGCCUGGGAUUUGCAACCGGAAAAGCGUCCCAACUUUCACGACGUGAAGAUUAAGCUCGGACAGCUGAAAAUUGAGUACACCCAAGCUGUCAACUGAGUAGAGCACUCGCGCGCUCAUCGACAGCGAUGACACUGAGGCCUAGUCCAGAGUAAUAUUUGCAAUCUUGAAAUUCGAUUACACAGUCGCUUCGAAUGCUCGGACACGUAAGGGAAAGAGAGAUAGAGACAAAUAGACCUACCUAGGAGCUAUGCUCUUAUUUUCGCUGUACAUUGGUUAGAAGCGUUGCACAUUGCUGACGCUCGUUUUUUUCUCUUCUAUUUAUUGCGACGUCCCAGCGCGAAGCUAAGGGACGAUAUCGGUUUGUUUCUUCUUUUUUCUCGGUACCAUGAUAUUAUCGAGCUUACGUAUCAUGCACUUAGACUUUAAACAACGCGUGGCAAGGGUUUAACAGAGUUCUUGGAUCACUUUUUUACGAAUAUAGAUAUGAUAUUGAUUGACGUGCUGGAUAUGGGUGGCAGUCUUCUGACAACGCACUUUUCGGUCCUUGCUUUUACGUGUGUUUUCGGGGGCGUGCAGUAUACUUAUUACUCGCGAGUAUUGCCAAAUUUUAUGCGUGCCUUUAUUUGAUUGAACGACUUUUUUUACACUAUCAAACUUCCACCCACAUGUGUUGAUCACACUAACUCAACUUACGUGGAGUACUGAAUCGAACUUGCAGUUUCGAUCUUGGUAUCUCAUUCCAAAUAUGACGUAACCGAACAUUACUAACAUUAGCAUGAAGCUCGUUCACAGAUAUAUACACGCACGUUUAAGUCCAAACGCGAUACCUUCAAAACUUCGCUUGUGAUGUAGAGCGCGAAAAAACGCAAGGAAAGAAGCAUCAAUUAUUUUCUUUUUCUCUUAUUUGAUUUCUUAAAAAUAUGUAAAAUAUUGAGAUGGUUUUCUCGUUCAGAAAUUGAAGUAUCAAUACAUUUUUAAAGAUGCUCGUUAUGCCGCGCUCUAACACAAUUAAAUGGGUUACCAAGGUAUCGUAUUCAAGGCAGCUAAUAGCUAUCCGUGGACAUAGUCUUUUAAAGUUUAUAAUUUUAUCUAAAUGGCACUCAACUAAAUAAGACAAAUGGCGCAUAAGUAGAGGAGUAUAGAGUCUCAGAAAUUAUUGUUAAUUUAAAUUGUUGUAUUGUGUCAUUAUUAAUUUGAAACUAAAUUUUAUUUCUUACGGAGAAACUGAAUACGCCUUAAGGAAUGUACAUGUAUGAUUGUAAAUAUCUUUGUAUAUAUUAAUUUUCUCAAAAAUUAUGUUCCAUGAGAGGGAAAAGUUAAUAAUGAUUAGAAAUUUAAGGAUGGGAUAAACAAGGGAAAGUCCAUGUUCUAAUUUUAAGUAUUCAGAAAACAUUUUCAAGAAGGGAUACUUACACUAUGAAUACAGUUUAUAUAAGGCUGAGAUUCCUUGCUGUAGAAACAAGAAAAAAAAACAGAAAACACAAAGUAUCUUACGAAAAUUAUAUUUAACGUCAUAAACUAAAAAAUUAAAUACUGCUGCAGUACAGGAAUAUAUGCCUUGAGCCAGGCAUAUGAUUGUAUUUGCUUACAUGUGUGAGUGUGCGUACGUUCGCGCAAUUUGUGAGUGUAUGUAAAGAAAGUAGAAAAGAGUUUUAUAGAAAUUUAUGAAAACACGAUAGUUAUUAGGCGAGAUCGAUUUGGAAACUUCGAUAUUCAAUAAUUCGUAGAUAAUAAGUGCCUACGAAUUGAAAUGAUGUCAAGAUGUUUAUUAGUGUUUAGGUAGGUUUCUUAACUUAUUGAUAAGAUGACAUUGAUACUAUCGAUAUAUACAUAUAUUAUAAUUUAUAGCACAGUGUGGCUAAAAUCCGCUGUUAAGUCACGCCUAUCUGUGACUAAAGUAGUCCUUUUUUUGCACCAUGUUUAUCACACUCGCUCGUGCGCUAACCUCACGGUGCAAAUAAGGACUACUUUAGUCACGAAUAGGCGAGACUUGCGGACUUUAGCAAUCUGCGAUAUAAAAUUUUAUACGAUACUCUUGACUUAAAUGGUUCAGUUUUACACGGCGCAGUUAGCACCCGAGCGUAGCUCGAUAAGAUAAAUAAGAACCAUUUAAGUCACACGUAUCGUAAUGUACUAUUAAAAAAUUAGCCCACGAAGUUCUAUAAAUUGUCAGCUGUCUAUUUUUCAAUCACGUUACAAAAAUUGUAAUUUUUUUACUCGAUUUAUCUGAUAUUAACGGAUCACUGCCGAUAUUGAAUAUAUUUAAUUGAUCUGUAUAUACAGCCUGAUACAAAAUAUGCCAACAUAUAUAUUUUCGAUUUUAUGUACAUUUACAAUUUGCGGGGAGAAAUUCUCUUUCUAUUAAGACAGCUUGACGAUUAUGCACUGAUUGAUUAAUGAUCUGAAUUUUAUAAACUAUCCAAACGAUCUCGUUUAAUAUUCCAAUAUCCUAUAUUUAUUCGAUCUGUUCAUCGUUGACGCAGCUAAUUUAAUCCAAUAAACUAAAGUCUAAUAAAUGAAACACUUUUCAACGUAAUUUAUUAAUUUAUUCGAAGUAUAUAAUUAAAUCAGAAUGCAAAGUAAAUAUUAACUCUGCCUAAUAAUCAUUUAUUGGGAUAAUCGACCAGCAGAUUAUGUUGCAUAAAACUGUUAAUUACGUUUUCUUGAAAUCAGCUUAAAAAAAAUUGAGUCAUCGACGAGAAUAAACAAAGUAAAAUUUAGUAGGUGUCAGAUAAAAUGCACUAUUGACUCUUCCAUAAUACAUAAAAUUAUAAGCAGCUACUAAAAUACUCGAUAAAAAUAAUGUUUAGGAACAAAAUUUCGAUAACGUGAUGCAUUCUUGAUCUUUCAACUAUCAACUACUUACUUAUGACACCAAGCACAUUAAGAUUGCAUCCGAUCUAGUUCAUAAGAAAUAUUUAUUUAUUAUAUAUCUUUUAUCCGAUCGAUUUCAAUCUGUCGACUUACGAAAUGUUGUUUAUUUUAAUUUCAUUUAUAUGAACUACAAUGAUCUUUGUUAUGUAUUAAAAUUAAAAUUAUUACUAAUACAAUAUUAUUUUAUUUUUA